UAACCCACCAGCAAAUCAGAUCACGUCUCUCCCCAUAUCCCCCAGUAUCACUAGUGAGUCUAUCGCAGCACGUUUAUAACGCAGUUGUACGCGAGUCACGCAGUUCUAGCGUCCAAUAGCCAACCGAGAAAAACAUCAUUAAAACUAAAACAGUGAACAGUGGAUUGUGAUAAUUUAUCUGUGGCAGUUGAUCCGUCAUACGCAGUUAUCGAAGUGGAGAUUGUGGGGCAGAGCCGGGGGACAGGGGGCACGGUCGUGUGUUACGAUCGUCUUGCCGUUCGCCGGGUUCUGCUUAUUUUUCACUCGCCGGAGUAAUCGCGCUAUCCGGCCUGUUCGGGCCCCAGUAAAAUUCGUAAUACUGUUGUGAGACGAUUAUCGCGAAUGUAACUGGUGAUUGUGGUACGAGAGGUACGAGUGGAAAAAUGUCUCAGAGAGAUACCGUCAUACAUCUUGUCGCCGGCGGGGUGGCGGGGACUAUGGGCGCAAUUGUGACCUGUCCCCUCGAAGUAGUCAAAACACGAUUGCAAUCGUCAACCUCUGGCUUCUAUCCACCCCCCAACAAUGGUGAAUUCACCUCAGGACAAUUCACAUGUAAUGGAUUCCCACCUAAGCAGCAGAGGAGGAAAUUGUGCACAGGGGGAUCCACAAGGUAUGCCUUCGUGGCGCUGUCCCACUGUGGUGCCUCACCACCCCCCAACACUGGCCAAGUGAGUCCAGGUUUAAUCGAGUGCCUGAGGUACAUAAUUAAGUACGAGGGUCUACGUGCACUUUUCAAAGGGCUCGGACCCAAUCUCGUGGGGGUAGCGCCAUCACGAGCGAUAUACUUCUGCACAUACUCGAAGAGCAAGGGCUUCUUCAACUCGUUACUACCUCCAGACAGCCCAAUGGUGCACGUGUGCUCCGCGACAUGCGCUGGCUUUGUGGCAUCUACAGCGACAAAUCCCAUUUGGUUUGUCAAAACAAGGCUGCAACUGGAUCACCACGCAAAACACACGAGAGCGAUCGAUUGUAUCAAGAGGAUAUAUCAACAAUCGGGUUUCCUUGGCUUUUACAAAGGCAUUGUGGCCUCGUACGUUGGCAUAAGUGAAACAGUAGUUCACUUUGUUAUUUACGAAGCAGUUAAAGCCUGGCUGAUAACGCACAGAUCGCGAGUGCCAACAGACAACGAUGGCUCAAAAAUGGGACGUGAUUUUAUUGAAUUUAUGGCAGCAGGAGCCAUGUCUAAAACCGUUGCAUCGUGCAUUGCUUAUCCACAUGAAGUGGCAAGGACGAGGCUGAGGGAGGAAGGCACCAAGUACCGAACAUUCUGGCAGACACUGAAUGUCGUUUACACGGAGGAGGGCCCAAGGGGCCUCUACAGGGGUCUCGCCACCCAGCUUGUGCGCCAAAUACCUAACACAGCUAUUAUGAUGGCGACUUAUGAGGCUGUUGUCUUCAUUCUCACCAGACAAUUCCAAGUGACACCCACCGGCACUGGCAAGAGCACUCAGUUCUACGCGGAGAACAAGCGAAAGCGUGAACUUGCCUAGGGGAUGCCUAGACGUGAAUUUAUUUCAGAGAGGUUUCUCGAGGGUUGAUCUGGGUUGAAGUGGUGAAACGUCGUGAGUCGAAUUAUUCAAUUCAAAAGAGUCAUUCAUGACUUUAUUUAUUUAUUCAUUUCUUAAAUUCUCCAUUCAAUACUCCAUUCAAAAAUAUUUGCACGAUAAUCUGCUGAUUUUUUCUGGACGUUAUUGAGAUUCAAAUGAUUUUUUUUAUGUUUCUGGAACUAAUGAAGAACAUCAAGAGAAAAAUGGGAAAUUCCCUAAAAGUCUUUUAACGUCUUUUGCUACUGUCACACACAGGUGUUGAUAGUUAGAAUUAUGACGUUUUACUACUUCAUUGAAGAGCUUUGGAAUGUGUGAGGUUCAGGGUGGAAGUGGUGAAACGUCGUGAAUUGAAUUAUUCUAUUCAAAAGAUUCAUUCAUGACUUUAUUUAUUUAUUCAUUUCUUAAAUUCUCUGGAAAACAUGUUUCUUGAUAAAGUUACCUCAUUCAAAGAUAUUUGCACGAUAAUCUGCUGAUUCUUUGUGGACUUCAUUCAUAUUCAAAUCAUUUUUUUUUAUUUCUGGAACUAAUGGAGAGCAUCAAGAGAAAAAUGGGGAAUUCCCUAAAAGUCUUUUGUCUUUUGCUAGUGUCACACACAGGUGUUGAUAGUUUGAAUUAAUGACGUUUCACUAAUUCAUCAAAGAGCUGUGAAAUGCGUGAGGAGAUGAAAACUAUUUUUUACUCAAUUCAAAAAUUGAUUCAGUUCCUAAAUUCUCUGGAAAACAUUUUUCUCGAUAAAUUUAUCGUUUAAAAAAAUUUGCAUAAUAAUCUGUAGAUUCUUUGUGGAUUUCACUACUUCACAAAGAGCUUCAGAAUGUCUGGGGAGAUAACCGAGGGUAAUCGAAGAGAAAAUGAUUUAUCUCGUGUAAAUAAUGCAGUUACAGUAGAAUCUACUCGUAGAUUCGUUGUCCAGUCAGCUUUAUUUAUGUUGUACAUAACUUCUGUAUAGAAAAUCGAGGAUUUUAUCAUAAAAGUAUUACGAGAAUGUUAAUUUAUGCGAGGAUAUUGGGCUAUGUUACUAUAUGACUGUGGGGAUGAUCUGGGAAUGUGCUGUGAUUAAAUGUGAUUGAUUGGGACUAUUCAGAAAGUACAGGAUCAUUUUUCAAUGAAUCCAUUGGGCUCAUUCACGUAAUUUCUUCCAUAUUUAAUUUUGCGCAUUCGUGGGGACUUGGAGGUAAUUGAUGAUUGUGAAUGAUUUUUUGAAAAUAUUGUUGUGAAGUGGAGGAACGAAAUUGUGCACAUCGUGAGGGGUUUUUAGACGAAAAUAUCGAGAGAUCUGACUAAGGCAUUUCGUGAUUAAUCAUCGAGAGAUGAUAUUUGACACGUUGUGGGCCACUUCACAACAGAUUUAAUCAUCCUAGUCGUUGACAAAAGUCAUGUCAAUAGUUUGUACAAUAUCCUUCCUCGAAAUCAGUCGAUUAAACGAAUAGAGACAACAGAUUCUGUGAUUUUAGUUCUUCGUUUUGUAAAAAUUUCCGAGUGGUUGAUAGUAGUUUAUAAAUUGUGAAAAUUGUUCGAGGGGUGAACAUGGAUUCCUGUUGAUGAAUUAACUCGUCAAUGAACUUCAUCCAAUUGACUAAUGAUUUUUCUCUGUGAAAUGACAGUUCAACUCUCAGCAAUUGACACAUCAACGAACAGUGAAAUCAUAUUACAUAUAUUUUUUAAUAGAAAGCGUGAACGAUGAGUGACGAAGUGUCAUGGGAAAUUGCGUAGUUUUAUGAAAGACUGAAUUAAUUGUAUUGUACUUAGUGCGUACUCAACAUUGGACAGCUGUUGAUAACUGCAGUGCGGUUUGAAUUUCAUAGAUUAUCGGAGGACAAUAGGGUUUUGCUUUUUUUCUUACGUUUAUUCAUCAUUGAUCCGUGGUUUACGAGUUUUCUCUUCCCGUUGACGAUAGCAAGCGGACCUCAGUAGUUGCUAAAUGAUUUUUUUUUUGUGCAGAGGGGGAAUUUGCGACGGUCGCGGUCUUGUCGAAGGAGAAGUGAUCGGACAUUUCGGGGCCGAUGUUGUAUUACCUCGACGUUUAUCAUAGGUUCUAACAAUCUUAUGUUAUAUUGCUGUAAUUUAUGGAGAAGAAUAAAUUUAAAUAAAAAUUGAUUCAGAAAUGAA